GGGACUUAGCGUCUCGCUGGGCACGCUUUGCGGAAGUGUGGUGCACUGUAACGUGUCUCUUGAAAAAGUGGUAUUAUAAACGUGCUUUUUGAAAAAGUUGUAUUGAGUCUGAGUUCUCUGCACUGUCCGAAAAAUAAAAUGCACAGGAACUAUGGUGCAGCAACAGACGACUCUAUUCCUGCCAAGCGACAAUAUUGUGAGCAGAAUGCUCCAUCUGAAAGCACCGUGAAACCCCGGACAGCGCUAGGAUGUAGUCGAGAAGGACAUUCCAAAAUUGACGUGUCCAUUAUACUGCCAGUCCACAAUGCUUCCAGUUGGUUGCAGGAAUGUCUCCAAUCAGUUCUCGAGCAAGAUUUCCAUGGGAACAUGGAACUGUCCAUUUUCAAUGAUGCUAGUAAGGAUGACUCUGGUUCUAUUAUUGAGAAAUGGACACCCAGACUCGAAAACCGAGGAAUCGCCAUAGUAACCAGUGGACACAAUUCCAUUCAACCAAAAGGAGUUGGUUAUGCAAAGAACCAGGCUGUGUCACAAAGCAGAGGCAAGUACUUGUGCUUCCUGGAUGCUGAUGAUGUGAUGAUGCCACAGAGGGUGAGGCUGCAGUACGAAGCUUCUCUAGAACGCCCAACUUGUAUAAUUGGUUGCCAGGUCAGGAGGGAGCCUGAAGGAUCCACUGAGCGUUACACCCGAUGGAUAAAUGGACUGACUCAAUCACAGCUUCUGACGCAGGUCUUUACCUCCCAUGGGCCCACUGUCAUCAUGCCUAGCUGGUGCUGUGCCCGGGACUGGUUUGACCAAGUUGGCAGGUUUAACGAGGGCGGCAAGGGUGUCCCAGAAGACCUGCUGUUCUUCUACGAGAGCCUUCGCAAGGGAGGGGGAGUGUCCCGCGUGGAUGAGUGCCUCCUGAUGUACCGCUAUCACUCCCAGGCAGCAACCCACUCUGUGCUCGAGGACACCAUCUGGUACCACCGAGUCACGUUCCUGGAAGAGAGGGUCCUGAGCCACUGGGCUUCCUUCACGAUUUGGAAUGCUGGGAAACAGGGCCGGAAGCUCUACAGGAGCCUGUCGCCAGCCAAUCAGAAAAAGGUUGUGGCUUUUUGUGAUGUCGAUGAAAAUAAGAUAAGAAAAGGCUUUUACACCCACGAGGAGUCAAAGGAGCGACCCAAGCCAAAGAUUCCAGUCAAGCAUUUCAAAGAAGCCACACCACCAUACAUUAUCUGUGUGAAGUUGGAUAUGACAGGUGGCGGUUUGGAAGAAAACCUGUGUUCGCUCAACCUGAAGGAAGGACAGGACUACUUUCAUUUCAGCUGAAGAGGGGAGACAGGAUUGUCAUUACUAAUUUGUGUAGGGUUAAGGAGUAGCCAGCCACCAAAGCUGUAAGCUGGGCACGACACUCAUAGCCGCUAUGCCCUUUCCAUUUGCCCCCAGCACAGAUCCAAAGGACACCUUUCUGCCUGUCCCUGUUGGAGUUAGCUCUGUGGUAUUUAAUAGCAGAGUAAAUGCAUUUACAUAGAUUGGUUAUGUAAAAUACUCCAAGGGCCUUAUUCAAACAAACUAAAUAUAAUCAAUAAAGAACAAUUGUUUAUAUUGAAACUUCCGAACACAUUUUAUGUUGUUUCAAUUCAUGUUGAAAUUAAAAAA